CGACGGUGUGGCACGGUCAUACGACAUCCAACAUCGAGGCCACGACUUGUUGGAUCCUGGUGGGGGGGCGAUGACGGGGGGUCCAGGGAGCAGCGGUGCGGGGGGGUCUCGGGGUGCGAAGUUCAACCCGCUGUCCGAGAACGAGAUGGCGAAGUUGAGGCGAGGGAACAUUGUUUGGAACUUCGUCACCGCGGGGCAGUACGUCGGGGACCAGUCCAAGAUGCAUGGGGGCCGAAAGUUGCAUUGCAACUUAUGCGGCCACCUGUUUCAGGGGGGGUCGUCGAAGGCCGCGCGUCAUUUCACGCAGUCGAAGUUCUGCAAGGCUGGGGGGAUGAAAGUUCUUGCGGAACUCUGGAACGGCACGAACUACACAUUUGUGCCGUCCACUGCUCAGCGGGUGCAGAGAUGGAUGGCAGACGAGGUUAUACGGGACACGAAAGCGCCCGCGGGUGGCCAGAGACAGCGGAUGGAUGACGCAGAGAGGGACGACAUUCAUGACGCCCUCGAUGAGGAGGAGGGCCGCGAGGGUGGGGCCAGGGAGGGGGCGGUUGCAGACGAGCCAGACGAGGCAGUCGAAGAGCCUAACCUGCCAGGGAAGGAGGUGGUGAUGACGUCGAGAGGCGUCGGUCGAGCGGGUCUUGCUACUAGGGCGCCGCGACCUGAGGUGGAGCGCGCGAGGAGGGAGAAGAGGGCAGUGGAGCAGGCUGGCGUCGAGGUGCCAGACACGGGCAGGGAGAAGAGGGCUCGGCAGACCACGAUUGACGAGAUGUACGCCAGGGAGAAGUUGGCCCGAGUUCACAGACGCGUGGCUUCAGUGGAUCUACGUGAAGAAGUUGCCAUUCAACGCCUUUCGUGGUCCGGAGUUCCAGAGGGUGCGGCAGGCAGCAGAGAGAGUGCCUCGCUCUAUCCAGUUCCGGUUUCCCUCCUACAGGGUUACAGCGGGCGCCGRUAUCCCUUCGCAGAGGGCGAAGGUSGCSACKAUGGCCGACGAGACGCGUUGGAGAGCAUGUUGCACGGGGAUGUUUGGGCACGCAUCCCGUGGGAUCGCGCCCACGUAUCUCAGGCGCAGUGGGUGCAGCAGCAGAUUCGGGACGGGGAGUUUUGGCAGCGUGUCCAGUACGCCAUCCUAGUCAUGUCGCCCGUCCACCAGCUGUUGCGCAGGAUGGAUAGAGGUGGGAUGAUGAUGUCCGUCGUUUACGAGUGGAGUCAGCAUCUGCUGCAGUUGAUGAGGAGGGUCGACGUGCCGAGGGACAUGAUCGAGCCGUGCGUGCGUGAGGUUGCCAUUCGCAACCUCCACAUGCUAGAGCCCGCACAUGCCGUGGCCCACCUCCUCAACCCUCGUCGACGGUCCCUCACGUAUUACCAUUCGCUGGAGACGACCGCUGACGACCGCCGUGUGCUCGAGGAGUGCGACAGAUUUCUCCUGGCGCAGAUCGGCGGCGAUCCGGUCGACUUAUUGUACAGGAGCGUUAUGGACCAGACAAAGGCGUUCCACUCGAGGCGAGGGGAUUGGGGAGAUCGUGACCUCUCCGAUGCUGAGGCGACCGAUUGCAGGGGGGACAGCGAGACCGAGCGAUGUGCAGCGUGGUGGUUUGAGCAUGGACGUGCCCACCCGGAGUUGCGCACCAUCGCCAUCCGUGUCAUGCACUUGUGGACGUCUGCCUCUCCAGCGGAGACGAACUGGGCGGAGCACGAGCACGUCAGCACGGCGAGGCGCUGCAAGCUUGGGUUCGCCAAGCUUGCACAACUGGUUGAGAUUGCCACCAAUCUCAAACUGGCCUCGUGCGCACGACAGGGUGGUGGCUACGUGUUGCCAUGGGCGAGUGGCAGCAGCAGAGCCAGCGGUGGUCCUGGAGGACGUUCGCAUGCGGAGGUUCGCGUGGACGACUCGAGGGAGCAACAGCCAUGGGGAGGUCUUCGGCAGACAGGCAGCGUUGGGAGCAGCGUCGGCAAAGGGACUUGGAGACAGGAGGGGGGGGGGAGCCGUGACGUCGACGACUCGGGUGUCCCUGAAGAGGAGGUUCAGGGGGAGUUCGAUUACGAGGGGCAGGAUGCCGCCGCGGGUGGUGGGUUAGGUGGUGGACGACGCGGCGACGAGGAGACCGCGGGUGUCCCAAAGGGGCAGGAUGUUGUCAUGGGCGGUGGGUCCCCUAGUGCGGGCCGUGGCGACAGCGAGACCGCGGGUGAUGAGGGACAGGGUGCCGCAGUGUGUGGCAGAGGAGAGGGUGGACCCGGUGGAGAUGGGGAUACCGCGGGUGUCAGUGGAGACGAUGGACCGGACGGCGACGAUGACGACGACCACCGUCCCGAGGACGAUCCGUAUAGGCUCGCCAUGGUGUUGACGGACCCCACAGUGCCUCCCUCGCGUCCUGAGGACACAGCGCACACUUUCUUCGACGUCGACGCUUUGGCGCAAGCGUUGACGGAUGACCGUUUCGCACACGUGAGCCGCAAGAGCGGCAAGCAGCGGGCCCCUGGGAGGGUAUAUUCACCGCCGCCGUUCACAGUGCAGAGCCCUCACUGGUCGGGUUCGUCGCUCAGCGGCCUGAGAGGGAGGGACUCCAGUGCGGGUGAGGUGGGGUCCGGCAGACGCAGCGACGACAGUAGAGAUAGUGCAGGAUCGAUGCCUCCACCGCCCGCACGGACUCCGGAGGCCAGGGUCGACACUGGGGACGGGAUGGCGGCACUCGGAGUUGCGCACAAUGGCGGUUCCCCGCCGACAGUCUGAGGUGGUGUGGGUGGCGGGUGGUCAGCUAUUCGUCGGGUCGGGGACCGGUUGCGAGCGGAUUACGACGU